CUAUCAUUUGUCUACCUACCCACUUACCUACCUAUUCAUUUUUUAAUGUUGACUAAAAAGGAAAACCUGUACUAACUGCAGCCCUGCCCUUCACAUUUACAACCUUCUCAAAUCACUAAGAUAAUCUGGUACAAAUAUUGUUGUUUUUAUCAUCCUUCUUUAGCUGGUCAACCCCAGGGGAGAACAAACACCUCAAUCCAGGCAGCAGAGUCAAGGGACAGGAGAAGGUUGCCGGUCCUGAGCUCCCUGUUGUUGCCUUCUGGCUGGACAAUCGGUGCCAAAUAGCGCCCAGGGAAACAAACAGCAAUAGAGAACGCGAUAGAUGCGGUUGAUGCACGUACAGAACCACAGUUUCACCGAAAAGGAGAGUGGAGGAAGGUGACAGGCUGAGAGUCAGCAUCUGGGAGCCUCAGCAGUGGAACCAGCGGCGAUGUGUGCACGCACAGGUGCCACAGGCCUGGCGCCCAGAGCUCUGUCUUUGCAGCCUCCCAGCUCAGCACAAGCGGCAGCUUGCUGAAACUGCAGCCGCGGCAGAGCGUGGGUAUUCCCAGCCACCUCCACCCGAGGAAGAGCCAAAGGAAAGGGCGCGAAGGGGGAAGCAUGGCGUGGCAGGGGGUUGGGGCAAGACCCACAGGCUCAUCUCGGUGCUCCUCUGGUGAGAACCUGUACUCGGCAUCUGUGCUCCUCCCUUCUCUUCCCAACUCUCAGUGAUCAUCUCCAUCUCCCCUCGCGCAUCCCUUCCCCCCCUCCUGGCUUUCUUUGCUCUCCCUCCUUGCCUCGUGCCUGCUCCCCUCCCCCUCGCCUGGCUGCUCUGGGCAGCAGCAGCCUCAGCAGCCCCGGAGAUGGGCAGAGAGCGCGCGGGGCGCUGCAGCUCUGGAGCAGCGGCUCUCCCCGCCCCCGGUGCCCUGCGCCCCUGCUGCCGCUCUCGCCGCCUGGCUGUCCCCCGACUCCAGCUCUGCUUCUAGGACAGCGCCGCCACCGCCGCAAGCCCUCGUCCCGCCGGCGCGGCGCUACCCUCUCGCGCCCUGGAUGGCGCUUUCCCUCGUUGGGAUGGAACUGGGUUUCUCUAUGUAGCCUUGGCUGUCCUGGAACUCACUUUAUAGACAAGGCUGGCCUCAAACGCAGACAUUCACCUGCCUUUGCCUAUGAAGUUCUGGAAUUAAAGGGAUGCACCACCAUCAUCAGGUACCCCUGUGAAAAGGCCAUUUGAUCCCACUGGAGGACAACUCACAGGUUGAGAACCACUGCUUUAGGGCAUCACAUGUUGAUCCUGAGGCAGACCUGCAGAUUUAGAAUGUGACAAGUCAAGCAUCUGAUAACACAGUGGAGUAGUUCAACAUCCAUCUCUGCUUCCCAUGCUGGUCUCAACAGUGAAAAAAGUAUGACCUCAACAUCCAAAGGCAUUCUCCGUCCAUUUCUAAUUGUCUGCAUUAUCCUGGCCUGCUUCAUGGCGUGUCUGCUCAUUUACAUCAAACCCACCAACAGCUGGGUCUUCAGUCCAAUGGAGUCUGCCAGUUCUGUGCUGAAAAUGAAAAAUUUCUUUUCCACCAAAACUGAUUAUUUUAAUGAAACCACUAUUCUGGUGUGGGUGUGGCCAUUUGGGCAGACCUUUGACCUUACAUCCUGCCAAGCGAUGUUUAACAUCCAAGGGUGCCAUCUCACGACAGACCGCUCACUGUACAACAAAUCCCACGCGGUCCUGAUUCACCACAGAGACAUCAGCUGGGAUCUGACUAAUUUACCUCAGCAGGCUAGGCCACCCUUUCAGAAAUGGAUUUGGAUGAACCUAGAGUCUCCGACUCACACUCCCCAGAAGAGUGGCAUCGAACACUUGUUCAACCUGACUCUAACUUACCGCCGUGAUUCCGAUAUUCAAGUGCCUUACGGCUUCUUGACGGUGAGCACAAACCCCUUUGUGUUCGAAGUGCCAAGCAAGGAGAAGUUGGUGUGCUGGGUCGUGAGUAACUGGAACCCUGAGCAUGCCAGGGUCAAGUAUUAUAACGAGCUCAGCAAGAGUAUUGAAAUCCACACCUAUGGGCAAGCAUUUGGAGAAUACGUGAAUGAUAAAAACCUGAUUCCCACCAUAUCUACUUGCAAAUUUUAUCUUUCUUUUGAAAACUCAAUUCACAAAGAUUACAUCACAGAAAAGCUCUAUAAUGCAUUUUUAGCCGGCUCAGUACCUGUUGUCCUGGGACCAUCUAGGGAAAACUAUGAGAAUUAUAUUCCAGCUGAUUCAUUCAUUCAUGUGGAAGAUUAUAACUCGCCCAGUGAGCUGGCAAGGUAUCUGAAGGAAGUUGACAAAAACAAUAAGUUGUACCUUAGCUACUUUAACUGGAGGAAGGAUUUCACUGUAAACCUCCCACGAUUUUGGGAGUCACAUGCAUGCCUGGCUUGUGAUCAUGUAAAAAGGCAUCAAGAGUAUAAGUCUGUUGGUAAUUUAGAGAAAUGGUUUUGGAAUUAAAGUUUCCAUCAUUUUCACAUUUAAUGAAUUGUAAUAAUGUAACAUCAUUCAAGUUGUGAGGCUAAGAAGAGAAACAAUUUGCUUUGUGUCACAGUUUAUUUUUAUCACCCUCUCUUGAACAACAUGUAUAUUUUGAUGGAAAUUUUUAAGAGCUCAAAAUUAGCAAUCACUCCAUUUGGUUUUAAAUUAUCCUGUAUAUAUGUGAUAAUGAACACUGAAAAUAAUUUAUUCUUCAUUCUCAUUUGUAAACAUUCUUUUUCACAUUUUAUAGUUGCCUGUAAAGUAAAUUUAUGAUUCAAUUGUUUCUGCAUCAAUAAGAUCUUUAAACUGUUUGGGAAAUGGAAAUGUAUAUCCUAAAAUAUGAAAGAUUUUUACCAAGUAUUAUAAUGUCUAGAUUCUAGCUCACGAAAUGUUAACAAAGAAGGAUCAAAGUAUCACUUCAUUCUUAACCUCCUUGACUUAACUGAUGUAGUUUUUACCUGUUUACCAUAUUUGUGAAGGCAGACUUACUCAUGUAGUAAAUAAGAAAGAUAUGAAGCAGAAAUGUUAUUAGACUUCACACUCAUUUUCAUUAAGUUGUUUUGCAAAUGCAGACUCUCAACAUCUUAAGUUAAAGUAUCCAAGAAUUUUGGGGCAUACAAUUUUUGUGAUAUUUUUAAUGCCUAAUAACAGCUAAGAGAAGCUUUGAUUGUCCCCUUUCAAAUCCUGAGCAUAGUCAUUGUUGUAAAAAUAAACAAUUUCCUCCUAUAACAAGGAAAAUAAUAUCUGCAAAUACAAAUAGACUAUAUAAAUGGUAGCAUUUACAUAAUUUUAAUUAUUCUCCAUUUGAAUAUUUUCCCAAGCAUCCAUAUUUAAAAUUUUAUUUUUCCAUAUUUGGUAAUGAAUAGAUAUAAAACUUGAAAGGUCUAUCCUUAUUUAAAAAAAACCUAAGCAAAAUUAUUACCAAUGGGUCUAAUAUAUCAUAAAAUAUAAUAAAGUACAAACUUUCAAAGGAUAGACAGUACUGACACAGAGUAUGAUUUCAAUAUGUAUUUGUUAAAUAAAUUAAUUAACAGCAUUGAAAAGUCAUGGGUAAUUUUUGCUUGUUUCAAUAAAGGAACAGAUCUAGCCUAUGACUAUUAAUUGAAAAUGAUCUUUUUUAUUCCAUUUUAAAAAUUAUUCCUACAUAGCAUAUGUUGCUAUGAUAUUCAGGGCUUUGCAGAACCAAUAUAAACUUAGUAUUGCACUGAAUUUGGGGGGGUCAUGCUAUUCAUGAACUUUCACCUGCCUGCAGAAAUUCUCUUCUGUAAGUUUAGCUGAGGUAGAUGGACAUAUGCAGAUGCAGUGGAUUAGAGGAAAAAAAAAAAACAGAUACUGAGACUCUUACAGAAAAUUAUUCUCUAAAGGAUUCCUAAUGCUUGUGUUCUACUCUGGUCAAAAUCUACAGAAAAUGUAAUGUUCUGAUGACAUCCAAUUGGAUCUUUUGUGGCUCAUUUAUAAUUUUCCUAUUACCUGUUACAAUCAACAGAAUUUACACUCACCCUCUACAUAGAUUACUGGGGAAGAUAAAUUUCAGUUCAGUAAGCAAGAACUGUGUGUCCUGUGAAAGAAUGAACUUCCCUGGCAAGGGAAGUAUUUAAGCAAAGAAAGACUCCAGAAUUAAAUAGAGACAUUGAUCAUGCAUUCAUUUUUUUAGACAUAAUUACACAGGUAAUGUUGUCAGCCCCAAACCAAUACAGAAAUGAAAUAAAAACGAAAACAUGUUUUCACUACCAUAAAGGGACUGUGACACCAAGCUUCCUAUAAGUUCUAUCUUGUAUGACUCUCAAUGGAGAUUGUAUGAGUCAUUGUUUAUUUAAUGAAAAAAAAAACACUACUAGUAACUUUACCCAGUUGUUUAGCUAUUCAACAUGUGUUGGAAUUGCAAGUUCUUUCUACUCAUUUGACCCAACAUAGAUUUUAUUUCUUCUGUCCACACAUUGUUUCAUAUAUAUAUAUAUAUAAAGAAAGGGUCUGUAUACAUGGAUAUUGUCCUAAAGACUCUAUCAUAUAUUUAUUUGUUUAAAAGUCAAUUUCAUAUGUGUACAUCUAUUCAGUAUGUUUUUGAUCCAUAAAAUGUAGGUACUUAAAUAUGCAAAGAGAAGCUUAGAAAGUGUUUUCUCUGAAAUCUGGAAAGCAUUCAAUAUUGUUUCCACCCACCAUUGCUAAACUGAAUGCUAAGAGCCUUGAAGGCAGUUGUCUCUUCUGUUGACAGUGAAUCUGAGCUCAUUCUUGAACUAAAACUACAACUAAAUGCCAGUAAUAUAAGCCAAGCCAAGGCAACAAGUAUUUCGCUAGUGCAUCUGUACAAUGAAAGCCUAAUACCAAGUCAUGGAAAUGAGUGUAUGAACUUCAAGUAAACAGUGAAUGGGCCAGCUAUUUAACCAGAAGAAAUGACAGCAAUAUUCGUAAGUUAAACUCUUCUGAUCUAUGAGUUAAUUAGAUAUAAAGACAUUAUUUACCCCUGACAUAUGUUGAAAGACGGGGAUGUGAACAUGGUGAUAAUAGAGAUUAGAAUUUAAGGGUCCUAUGGUUAUUAAUCUCAUGCUUGCCUUCACCUCAUCUACACCUUAUUGUUCAAAUAUGUCCCAAUUUCUAUAAUGUAAAUAUAACAUUGUCACAUAGGAUGAUAUGUUCUGGGACUUCAACUUUUAAAUAUAUAGUAAAAAAAAACUUUAAAUGUUGACACUCUUUCUGAUUUAAUGUUUCUGCAGUUGAACUUUAGCAGAAAGAAUGAGCUUUUCUAUGUGUAAGUGAGAAAUAACCAUUGAAAAGAUAUUCCAGUGACCACUUUUUUAAUAAAUCCUGUGAUUUACAGUUUUUUAAGGAUAUCCCAUGUGAAAGAUAGAUUGAGUCAACCAAUCUGGCUUGCUGUUGGUUAUAAUAAAGACAGAUAAUAUGCCUGAUAAUAAAUGAUGGCUCUAAAGACCAUGAACAAGUUUUCAUUCCAAGUGCAGAAAGUCAUUACCACCAGUGUUCUGAAUAUUUAUUCGUUAAUUAUUGCAGACCUUAUUAGUAAGAAUAUGUAAAUAAUUAUUUUAAGCCUUACUGAUGAGAACAUGUACUGAAUUAUCCAUAUCCAUAUUUAAAGAAGGAAAACAUGACAGCCAUAUCUUGUAGGACAGCUAUAUGACUUGAUAUAAAGUAGAAACUAUAAAAAAAAUCUUAGUAGCAAAGUAGCAACAGUUUACAAGGUUCAUAUUUACUGUGAAAAGCAUAGCCCUAGAAUAUGUGGAGCUUAGACCAAAAACCUUGAGGUAUAAAAUGAUAGAUUACUUAAGGAACUAUUUGCUGAGCCUUUAAAUUCUUUCUUCUAAUGAAAGAUUAAAUAAGAGAGGAACAAAAGCAAAAAAUAAAUUACUGAGAUUUUUUUUCACUUGUCUAUUUUCAGACUAGAUUCCAUGGCUGUUACUCACCCAGCAAGUGUUUGAUGUGAAUUAAUGUUUCAUAAAGUUUAGUUCUCCAUGUUUACUUUGUGUUUGAUCAUAUCUGCCGCCUCUCCUGAACUCUAAUCUCAAGGGAAGCGGGUGUUAAAAAUUGUAAUCAAGCUACUGAAUACAAUAAACUUUAGAAGCUAAAGGAUAAGUAGUUUCUGAUGAAGGAGGGGUUAUUAACACAUGCCUAAUAAAUGGUUACAUCAAUAAAAUUAGUGGGCAUGAAAAAUACUUUUAAUGUCAAAAUACCAGCUUCUUCUGGCUAAAUGAAGAUAAUUUUUAUAUUAACUUUACUGUUCCCUUUGCUCCCUGGAUAGAGAGGGCAGACAGUAUAAGUUCUUAUCAUGCUUUAAGAACCCAAAAGAGAGCCUGGAGAGAUGGCUCAGAGGUUCAAUUCCCAGCAACCUUCUGGGUGGCUCACAAACAUCUAUAAUAGAAUCUGAUGACCUCUUCUGGCAUGCAGGUAUACAUGCAGAGCACUCAUACAUAAAAUACAAGUAUAUUAAUUUUUUUAAAAGAACCCAAAAGAAACAGAAUGUUAAGAAAUAUUAAACUACAUUUGGAAUUUGUUGGUAUUCUACUCAUCAGCUGUUUCUAGUAGAAAAGAAAUUAUUAUGUAAAGAAGAUACAAAAUGAAGCACCAUGAUAAGCAAAUAUAUAUUAUCAAACUGUGAGGAGAGAAAACAGUUAUACUCUUCAUCCUUUGCUAAUUGCACUUGUUGCAUUUUGAAGAUACUGCAAACAUCAGUCAGUCAGGUGAUUUCUGAUUGUGGCCAUCUCUCCUCCAGAAAUUUUAUGGUACUUUGAAAAUGGGUAAACUCUGCUACUAUCCAAAGUGUGGUCCCUCUUUGUAAUUCAUAUUCAAUCCAUCCAUAUUCAUAAACAGUUAAUAGAGUCUAAAUGAGAGACACACUAUUAAACUAAAAAUAUAAGUAAUUCUAACCUAGGCUAUCAUUGCAACAAAUUGUAGCAUUGAAAAAGUAACUUAACCUCUAUGGAUGACUAUGUCUGUAAAGAUUCCUUCAGCACCACUGCUCUUUAAUAUAAGGCCUAAAUUGAUAUGUGCAUAAAUUUGAAUUUCAAAUUUCCUUGACCAUCUAGAAAUAUUUUUGAAAGUUAAUACUCUAAAUAGAAUUUCUUCUUAUUUCUCUACAAAAAUAUAUAAAUAUUUAAAACGUGAAACUGGUUACUCUAAUAAUGGAAAGAACAUAAUCUUGCUUCUUUACUGAAGCUUACAAUGUAGCAAGUGCUCAAUUAACUAAUCUUUCUCCUUUAUAUUCUUCUUCUUAGGUCUUUUGUAACACACUUUUUUGAGAACUUGAUUUCCUGUAGAAAAUCAAUCAUAUACUGAACCCUGUUCUAAAACAUUUCAGGUUUUUCUGUACUAUUAAAAUUCUUACUAUAGUAAUCAAAACUAUUUAUUGAUGCAAAACUCAGGAAGUCAGUGGAAAUAUGUCAGGCAGUUCUUCAACAACAAGAAUAUAUAGUUUGAGUGUAUAAGAUUGUGAGUGUGUAUUUAGAAAUUUUAUUCUUUUAACCCAUGACUAAUGUUCAUUCAUUUAACAUACUUGUAUUUUAAUGUAUUUUAAUUUAAAAUGAAAUUCCCUACCAAUAAUUUUUAAAGCAUUACACUUUUCCCAAGCAAUGUGAUCUAGAGUUUGUAAGAGAAUUUACUCAUAACUAACAACUGAUUCCUGUUCCAUGCAAGUGGAACCACUCCAACUAAGAAUCAAAAAGAAGGAAGAAGGAAGAAGCCAUGCUAUUAACACAAAAUUAUCCUGUGCCUGCCAGGGGUUCUCAGACUCACAUCUGCCUUGGGGACUCCCUAUAUCAAUGGUAUAAGAAUCAUUUACAUGAUUUGAAAUAUCAUUAUGAUAUAUGACAUUGAUGCCCUAGGUCCAUAAUUUUAAUAACUCCCUUGACAAUUCUGACAUGUUGCUAGUGUUGAUAGUCUCUGUCCUGCUUAUUAAAUAGAAAUCAUUCUAUAUUGAAUCAAUACAGGCAUAAGAUACUGCCAUCUUUAGCUAACUUGGAAUCUUAGAUAUAUUGAUAGGUAUUAUUGUAUUUCAUAACUCAUGAUGUUCCACAUGGUUAAUUAUGUCUUGCACAGUUGUACUGUUCUUCAGCUAAUCCUAUGAUUUAGGACAAACUAUUUACCAUUUCUAGCUGUUUACCUGGAGAAAUUUUCUUUUACUCUUUCCCUUAGUUUUUAAAUGCAUUUUUUUUUAAAUUUUUCAGCAUAAAAACAAGGGUAGACAGUUAUAAGGAUCUCUUGCAGCCAUCAAACCAUUGAACAUGCUUGACCCAUUGCUUUUCUGGGUCUCAGAAGCCUGUGUGAUAGCUAGGAUAUGGCAACAAGUUAUAACACUGUAGAUUGUCCACAAUGAUGAAUUCAAAAUUAAAUGUGAGCUAUGCAAUCCACUAGCUGUUCAUCUCUGUUAGUAUCAGGUUCUCUGUAUGUAUGAUAGGGGUAGCCUAUUUUAAAAACAAAUGAAUGCCUCCCUAAAAAAAAUAGACAAUGAUAUAUACAUAUAUUUAUGUGUAUAUGUGUGAGUGUUCCACCACUAAGAUACACUCUCAGUUAUAAAAGAAAAUAAGAAAAAUCUAGAACAUAUCCAAAUUUCAGCUCUAACAUCUGUUGGUGUUAAGCUGGAAGCUCACAAAAAUUGCUGAAAAUUUAAACAAUCAAAGGGCGAAUACUGAAUAGAAGGGAUAUGCACACUCACAGUGUGGAAACAUGCAGUAACAGCUACUGGAGUUAGAAAGUACUGGGCGGGCUUCUGGGUGGUGGAUAGACAGCUUGCCUCACUAAGCACAUAUAGCAUCUCCUAAAAUAAGCAGGCCUUCUUUUCUUCACUGUUUUGAGAAAUCAGUAAAUUAAUAUUAAUUUAGCACGUUAGCAGUCCAUAGAGCUAAAGUCCAAGGACGGAAUAGCAGAUACAUUCUCAGAGAUCAUUUUCUGGUGAGGAAAUUUAGAAAUAUCCAACAACCUGACUGAAUACUUCACAUCAACUGCUGGCUUAGGCACAGAACCAGCUAAGGGUAAUUUACAAGAGAACCCUGCCUCCCUUUACCUUUCCUAAAGAUUACAGAAAAUGAAAGAGUCAAAAUGUUAAGAUAUAAACUCAUUAAACAGAAAUUAAUUUGUUCAGUCGUGCAGAAAUUAAAUAAUUUAUCCAGGCUGUGAUUAAGACUCUUCUAACUGCAUGAUAAAUGGGGCUUUGACACGAACAAUCUCAGCUGUGUGUGUGUAUAUAUAUAUAUAAUUUUUGAGUUGAAUGGCCCAAAAAGAUAGAUUUAAGGAAUAUUCUCACAUGUAAAAAAGAGUGAUAUUUAAAAUAAUAUAUUAAUUAUUUUGAUUUUGUUUCUUUAAAGAUAUUAGAAAUGUUAUAUCUUAUUAGAAAACCUCAAAAAUUGAUUGUUUACUGAAUUCUCAGGCAACUGAAUAUUUUUGAAUUAACUGAACAUGUAAUGGACAUUAAAUAAGAGGCUAGAGUUUUAAUUGUGAAAAACAAACACAGUGAAAAAAAGUGUUGCAGGUGAUUUCUAUAGAAUCUAAAAUUGGAGAAGCAUGUUAACUUUUUUACUCUUGCCUGAAUGCCAUUUUGAUUAAUGAGGGUGUAGCAGCUAGAUAAUCAGGCUUGGCAAAAAUGGUUCACAAAGACUCAAUUAACAUCCAAGACCCAAGACUACUUAUUCUGUAAGAAAUACACACACGUUAAAAUGUAUCCCCUGUCUCAAACUGGCCUCAUUAGCUCCCUUUAACCCAUAGUUGAGACAACCCUAGAGAUGACAUCAUUGUCAAUGUAAGAUCACCAAAGGAGUGCUCUUGUGGGUUAGGAUAUUAUGUAUCUCCAUGGACUAUGUUGAGACCAGAGUCCAGACUACUUAAUUGUCUACAGAAAACUAGAAGCCAUCAAUUUCAUAAGAAAACAUGAUUUAUCACAGAUUCUAAUGCAUUGUUUUAAAAAAAUUAAUCAAGGGACAAUAUUAUGUUUUUCUUCCUUUUCUUUUGCUGUGUCUUAAAAUCAUGUGGAUAAUAGAGUGUGACAAUAUAAAAAAUGUUUAAUAGAGUUCCUAAAAAUCAAAGGAGGUAUAGGGGGAGGUAAAAGGCAACAUACCCCCUUUCAUAAAUACACUGAUCACACUUUUAAAAUUCAAUUAUCUUUUCAGUAAUAAUGUGGUUUAUUCCCUGUCUGUACCAGCAUGGGAUAAAGAAGUGCUUUUAAAACACAAGAUAAAGAGAUAACAAGUCUAAAUUCAGACCCAGGUUUACAUCAUACAGAAAGAAGAAAUCAUCAAGAAGAAACAAGAAAAUGUGAAGUAAAUUCAUGAUCAAGUCCAUUUUAGCUUUUAGCACCUAUGGUGUAGUUUGCUAGCAUUUCUGAGCCACAGAUUUCUCAUCUGUUAUCCAAAGGUGAUAGACUGUCAUUAGAGUCACCUAAGAAACUCAUAAGUAUGGAAAUUGAUCAGAAAUAUGGGCUAUCAUAUACUCUAGACUUUUCCUCCAUGCUUUUUGCCGGGUGGCUAUGUUCUAUGACUGGUAAGGAGGUCAGACCCUUCCAUAUAAAGCUUGGAAUAAAGUGCUGCUAAAAAAGAAAACUAUAGUGAAGAUCCACAAAGGAAGAACAGAGAAUGUGCCUAUCACCUUGACUCUGUUCAAGGUUGCCAUAUAGACCAUAGCCAACACUUGAGUAGUUCAUGUAAUUUUCAUAAGGGGACUUAUACUCAAGGAAUGGAGGGCAAAGCAAUCACACUAAAACAAAAUGUGCCAAUUCUUCCAGUAUGUAAAUUUUAAGAAUCAGUAAUGCAUAAACUACUUUGAAAGCAACUGUAUGUUUUAUUAUUGUAAUGUAAUUUGCACUAUGAUAUUGUCAUGUUCAAGCAAACUUAAAAUACUCUGAUAUCUAAUGCCAAAUGUACAGUUCAUAGGUUCAUGUUAUUUCUUAUAAGAAUUACAUUGCAUUGUGCCAGUUGAUUAAUGCUAUUAACUUGCCCUGGGUGUGUUAUGAUGCAGAUCCAACAGGGUUGUUGUAAGCACACUAAUUAGUCAUCUAGGGUUUUAUAGAUAAAAUCACACAUUGAUCAGAAAUCACUUUUCUACUUAUUUUUUUGUAGAGUAUUUUUUCACACCUGAGAAAACAUGAUUAUUUUAUAUCAAACAUCAGUUUUUCUUUAAAAUCUUAUUUUAGUAGCCAAUGCAUGUUUGAAAUAAGAUGUUAAAUAUUAUAUGAUAAUAUUAAGGUUGUGUUUGUAAGUGAAAAUAUGCAUGCUGUAAUGAAUCAUGCAGGUUUGAGGGUGCGUUUUUCCACUGCCAUCUUCCACAAAAGCUUUGUCUUAAUCUGUGCAUGAUUUACAUCCUUUCAAGAGUCCUAUUUCAGUAUUUAUAAAGUGAUAUGUGAGUCUUAGUGCUGAUGAGCCCCUGAGACAAGGUGCAAUACUGUUCUGCUUUAGUUUUUCUUCUAAUUUUGCAUUAUAGUGUUGUAAAUUUUCCCAGAAAACUUUCUCUUGGAGUUGUUGGCAAUUAACUACAAAAAAUAAAACAAUUUCCUGGUAAAUCUUACCACUGACUGCAUAGCAACUUAAUGUGUCAGAGCAUGAAGAUGUGAAAAAGUCAUUUUUACAAGUUCCAUUAUAUGAAUACAAUAUUCUGGCAGCUUUUUGUACAAUCAAGAAAAAGCUUAUCAUUGUUUGAAACACUGCCAAAUCAGUACUACUGCCAAAAGGGAGAACCAUUAAGUCAGACCUGCAUUACACUAACUUGAGCAAUAAGAGACUAUCCAGACCACAGCCAACUGGUACAGCAGAGAUGGGGGAAUGGUAGACCAAAACUUUUGUUUCUUAGUAAUUUGAAAAAUGUAAGAGUAUGAAUUUUGGCAAUAGAGACAUGCCUUUACAUGCUGAUAAUUCACAACGAUCUUUGAAAAUAAAACUGAUCCCAUUCUGUAAAGGAUGUGUCCAGGCAUUUUGUUUCUUUGGUCUGAUUUAUUUUUUGAAAAGCCUAAUUUCAAGCAGGUACUAUCUGAAGACCAACCUCUCCCUCUCCAUAUGAAAAGUCAUUUUUCAUAACACAUAAUGGGUAGAACAUAGCUUUUCAAUUCAAAUCACCAGUAUAAACAUUUACAAUGUUGGAAGGUGAUUUCACUGUUAUGUUAUCAAAGCGAUGGAAAUCCUAGUUAUCUGUUUAUUUGUUUAUUUAUCUACAGAAUAUUGCUUCUUUGAGGUCUAAUUUUAUCAGCAACAAUGAAGUUAAUAUAACGCUAAAAAAAUUGACUCUAGUUACUAUUUCAAGUCAAAAUCCUGAAGCUGAAUCCUGUUGUAGUCCAAAAGAAAAACAUUGAUUUACAUAAUGAUCAGCCAGUCUGUCCAGGCUCAGAAAGGAUGACUACAGCAGUUAUGUUAUCAUAAGUGUGAGCAGUCCAGUCUGCCACAGAAUGGAUGACUGCAUUGUAUCAUUCAUUCAUGAUAUUGCAAGUGUGGGAAAGAAUAACUAUGCCAUUCAUGACACUGUAGGGGUGUAACACUCAGCAAGCAUCUGAUCUGGUCUCCUAGUUUGAUACUGCAUGCAUCCCUUCAUUGAGUUUACCUGUAAGUAACAACACUUUGUGGCAGCUAAGCAAAUAUUUUAAUAAGCCAUGAAAGGCAAGAUGUCAUAGGAAAUCUGUACUUUCUGCUAUUUGGAGAAAUUGUACUUUCCAUAACUUAAACUGGAAUUGCCAUUUGAAAUUUCCUUCCCUUAAAAAUAUGCCAUUGCAAUGUAUGUUCCUGUUCAUUGAUGCCUUUUCAAGCUUAUAACUAUAUGAUGUGACUGCUACAAUUUUGUGAAAUUUUGUUUAGCAAUUAAUGGUUUUUAUAACCUGCACAAAGAUUCCAAUGCAGAAGUAAAUGUGUAAAGAAUUUGAGCCUGUAUGUAAGAUGUCUCUUCCUUAUGUGACAUUUACUAUAUUCAAUGUAAAUACCUCACUGAUUUCACACUGGAGUUAUUAGAUGUGUAAAUAAUGAUGUUCUACUUGGGCCUAAUGAAUUCCUGUAACGUGAAUAUUUAAAAUAAAAGGUUUCAAUUUAAA